AUGACCGCAACCUGCAAGCUGUUGAGACCGUCUGUGUGCUUGUGGCAGCCCUGUAGGAGCAUGAGCACUAAGACUGUGUCGCCGAUACCAUUCGCUGUCUUCGGUGGCGAGUCUAUGAUGAUGGUUACUCCACAUCUGGCUGAAGUCGUGAAUAAUGGAGUUGAUAUGCAAGUGGUGAAACCUGGCAAUGUGACAUUCUACUUUAUGAAAAAAACCACCGCUGAAGCGAAGACUUCACCCGAUGCCAAACGCUUCGACAAGAACUCCCUGGUUGGCCAGACUCUUCGUGCGGGGGACAUUGGCGAACUCAUUGGGUCUUCAUGUGAGGAGGUGAAGAUUAAUGACAAGUGGAAUUCUGAAAACUGUCUGGCCGUGGAGAAGGGUGUUAGCGAGGUGCAUCAUCACGAAGUCCGACGAUUCACUAUUCAAAAAGACGGCUCGAGUCAGAGUGUGUCGUGCACGAUGCAAGAAAUGGCGGCUCUACAGAAGAUGCUCGAGGUCAAUAAAAAUUGA